AUGGCCUCUUCGUCGGAGGCCGACGACGACAUGUUGGUCGAGGACGAUGUUCUGGCCGACGACGACGAUGUUCCGGCUGACGACGAUGACGUUCUGGCCGACAGUCCAACCCUCCAGGAUGAGGGCGCCCCUCGAUAUGCCGUACCGUCGAGGUACCUCGCCGCGGUGGAAAUCCCGGCCGUCGUGGAAAACAUAGAACGUGCCGUGAACGCAUUUGGCCGCGUCCCAUCGCUGGCACACGUUCUGGAUCCCUCGAGGCCUUCGCUGCCGCUGUAUCUAAACCCGGAGAGCCCUUUUUGCCCGCCCGUCAUGUCCCACAACGCCAGCUCGCACAACGUCGUUCUCAAGGUCGUCGUCCCCAAGCGCACAGGUCGCAGGCGGAAGCGAGGCAGCCACGGUCCUUGGCAGGGCGACGUCGAUGUCGCCGACGCGAGCGCCGCUCCGCAGCAGGUCUGCUCCGUCGGCCGCCUCGAUCAGCCCAAAGUGCUCCGUCGAAAGCUGGCGGACAACGUCGACGAGUACCGGGUGGAGGCCGUGGGCGUCAUCAAGCACACGCAUCGCUUCCGAGGCUUGGCCGACUUUUACUGGGACAUGUCGAGGUCCCCGUUUGCGCAAAAGUACGCGAACCAGGUCUUGCCUGGCGACGUGCAACAGAUCAAGAACUUCAAGUUCGAGCCGGGCAUGGACCUGAGGCGGAACGUGGACAUCAUCCCACCGCCCAUCUUCACGCACAUGAGCCUGCCCUUCAACUACUACUAUUCGCAGAACCCCUACGUCCGCAACACGGCCGACGGGGGCACCAUCAACACGACGGCGGUGAAGCAGGUGGGCUACUUCAUCAGCGCCGAGGACCCGGCCCCGACGCGGCCCCAGCACCCGCCCGACGUGACGGACGCGAGGACGAUGGAGGUGAUCGCGCAGCUCGAGGAGGCCUUCCAGCACCGCCCCGUCUGGACGCGCCGCUCCCUGCUGAACCACCUGGGCGGCAAGCUUCACAACUGGAACGAGCUGAAGAAGUACCUCAACUACACGGCCUACCAGUUCAAGGGCGGGCCGUGGAGGGACGGCGUGGUGCCCUACGGCAUCGAUCCGCGGACCGACCCCAAGUACCGCGUCUACCAGACGCUCAUGUUCAAGCUGUCGAGGAAGACGCUUGGCGUCAAGGACCAGACGUGGGCGGCUCUUCGCAGGUCGCAGCUCAGCCUGCAGAAGAACUACGCCGAGGACGAGUGCCACAGCCACGUGUUUGACGGAGAGUCGUUCCACACCGACGGCAAGGUCUGGCAGGUGUGCGACAUCACGGACCCCCUCCUGCAGGAGCUCCUCGACAAUGCCGAGGUGCGGCCGACGUGGGACAUCAACAGCGGCUGGUACCACGGCGGGCUGUGGGCCAAGGUCAAGGCCAUCAUGAAGACGAAGCUCGUCGCCAUCCAGUUCGAUCGGAAGCUCACGAGGGACGACUUUGCCCCGACGCUCGAGUGCGGCGACCGGACGCCGGUCCGGGCCAUGUCGUCGACCUUUCACCUGCCACUGCCGAACCUCAACCUGAGCAAGGAAGAGCUCACGGCUCUGCGGGGCAGGGAGCCGCCGAAGAAGAAGAGUUCGGGCUACAACGUGCGCAUUCGAGAGUUCAGCAAGGGCGCCAGCGUCGGGCCGGACCACCGGGCCGGACCGGGCAGCGUCGCCCAGGACAGCGCGGCAGCGACGGAGGAGGACGGAAUGCCGUACGAGGAUGACGAGGAAGACUCGGGAAGCGAGGCCGAUAACGGCGACUACGAGGACGAGAUGGUCUACCCCGACCCGGGGGCCUACGCCGACCCUGGUGACGGCAUCUAUCCUACGCAACAAGGACCCUACGGCGGGCAUCACCGUCGUCGCGGCGGCGACUACGACACGGCCGAUGGCGGCGUUGAGUAUUACUCCCCCGUCAUGAGCGGUGCCAUCUACCCAGAGCUUGACUAG